AUGGGCAAGAUUUGUCCUAUCCUCGGGCCAACCACCUCCGCUUUCUGCAUGAUAAUGUCCGUUUGGGGAGUCGUUUUUCUCGGAUUAUUAGGAGUAUUUUUCUACACUCAAGCUGUUACCCUCUUCCCCGAUCUUCAUUUCACUGAAGAAAACCCAAGCACAGGUGUCAUCGAAGCCAAGUAUAGUGAGAAAGCAACACAAUGCUGGAUCGCCGCAGGAAUGUAUGGAGUAACCUUAAUCCUUGUUUUUUGGCAAAACAAGUUCAAUACUCAAACAGUUUUCUAG